UUAUAACUUAUAUAGUUAUACUGUACUAUAUACAGUUAUACAGUAACUGUAGUCAGUGUAGUGACUUUCUGACUUUGUCUUUGUCAUACUCAUAGUGACAAUAGUGUUGAUAGUGAUAGAUUAUAGAUGCAUACUAUUCAUAGAUUCUAGAUCUAGAUCUAGUAUUUCUAGUCGACUAGUAGAUAUACUACAUUACUACAUAUAUACUCAUAUAGUAAUUUUUUACAUGCCUUAUCAUCACAAGUGUGACUGGAAUUAGCCACUGUUCAGAAUUAUGGCCAAAACAGGUGGCCUAACUCACAUUUUAGCUGAGCUGUCACCCCUAGAUGAGUUGACUGUACUAGUGACCAGAUCAACAAGGUUAAAGUAUACCUGUGUCACAGUGUCCAGGAAGUACAUCGCUCUGGGCUCCAAUACAGGAGGAGUUUACAUAUUCAGUAGAGACACUUUGAAGUAUUUACAAGUGGUGUUUGCAGACACUGAGUCAAGCCAAGUUGUUUGUGUAAGCUUGUCACCAUCUGAUCAACACAUUGGAUUUGCUCUCAGCACUGGUCAGGUGGCAGUAUAUGAGUUGAAUAUAGAGAAAAGGACCAAACCAGAGAGAGUGCGCCUCACACAGGAACAUGUGGGUAAUGUGGUCAAAUGUUUUGCCUGGGAUUCUUUAAGUUCCAAGUUGUUCGUAGGUGAUGAUGCUGGGAAACUAUCUAUUGUGUUUGUUCCGUCAAUUAAGGGUAAAACAUUGUUUUCUGGACCUUCUGAAGUUAUUGCUUACCUAAAUGUCUCCAUUUACCAGAUGGAAUGGUGGAAUGACAAAUUGCUGGUCUCAACAUUCACCCAUACCCAUCUCUUUGAUAAUAUCAGGCAUAACUACAGUACCAUUGGAACAAAAUCAAGAGAAGGAGAUUUUGGAUCUUGUUUCUUUUUUGAACCAAGCACACAAGUUCCAGUCAUUUAUUGUGCAAGACCAGGCUCUCGAAUGUGGGAGGUUGAUUUUGCUGGGAAGGUCCUGCACACUCACCAGUUCAAGCAACUGUUAGCUUCUCCUCCCAUCCCUGUUAUUCAGCUAGUAAAUGAUCAAGUAGAUGGGAUUGCUAAUGUUAAAAGUGCUUCUCAGUCUGUGAAUUUCUUUAAGAUGUUCAGAAUUGGACAAUUUAUUGUGACAUGGAGCGUUAAAGGUAUCUAUGUGUUUGACCCUAUCAAUGUCAAGGUUGUUGUUUGGACUGAAAGUGUCAAAGGAAUUAAAGAUUUAUGUGUUGUUAACAAUGACCUAUAUAUAUUUUUGGAUAUCAGUCGCAUACAGAAACUAACCCUGUUACCUAUAUAUCAACUUUUUACCAUUCUGUCCACUCGUAAGAAGUGGGCAUUAAUGUCCAGCCUUCUUCUUAGUGCUGAUCAGAUCAGCAUACGACCUGCCAUUAUGAAACGUGUGAAGCAAGAUCUCUUGCAGACCCUUAUUGCUGGGCUCAAAGAAGAAGGUACAGCAGACAAAGCCGAGAAAGUUUUGGCAUCUAUGGAAGAUUUAAGUGAAAGUUCUAUUGAUUCCCUUGGUCUUUUUGAUGACUUUAUGGACUCUGCGGAGGUAUUAGGUCAUACAUACUUACCCUCUGGAAUGGUGGUGGUUAGUGAAGGUGUUCAAAUCAGGGGCAUGUCACCCAAAUCUGUGGACCUUUCUCCUGACUCAUUAACAAAAAGUGAUGACCGAACAGAGCCUUUGAGAUCAAAUGAAGAGUUUGGGGUUUUGUAUACAGAAAGUGUAGAAUCUCUGAGCACAGGUAGAGAAAGUGAUGUUAUAUACAAUAAUGGACAUGAGGGAAACAAUUCUCUUUACCAGAAGAGUGAUAUUAUUGAAACAGACAGUGAUGUGACUGGGGAACCUAAUGGAAAUCGUAGAAGUGUUUCAGUCAACAGUGUAGGAAGCGAGUCUGAUGACAUUGUCAGCCUUACAAAAAUGAUCAGGCUUGACAGCAAUGAUAAUGUCAAAAGUCUUGCUGAACUCCUGGAGAAUAAUAACUUAUCCAACCAUGAAGUGCCAACUGCUGAAGUUAAAGAUGUGCCAGUUGUGAAGCUUGAUGUUGCAACAACAUCAGAAUUCAAUGAUGUUCUAACUGCAGAACUUGAAAAUGUUCCAAAUUCAGAAAUUGCAAAACAGGACAAGAUCUGUGAGUCACUGACUGAUGACUCCAGUACAUUAGAGAGCAAUGAAACAUUUAUAAGUCCUAGUUAUAAUGAAAACUCUGAUAUCAUUCAGGAUGCUGUCAAGAACACCAAUAAUGAGGCAGUGAAUGAUGAGCUAAAUGCUAAAUCCAACAUUGUGGAUGGGCGCCAAGGUCUCAAUAUUUCAUUUCCUCUCUCGGGGACUCAAAUUGAAUUGGCCAGUGAAACUGAAGCCUUGACUGUUAACAUUGAUUCCACUGUCAAAGCUCAUUCAAUAGAUGCUGCUGAUCUGAACAUAAUCAUAGAUAAUGAACAAUUACUAAAAGUGGUUCACGACAGUACAGAAGAUUCUAUAAAACAGAAUCAGACUACAGAGGCUUUGCUUUCUCCUUGUAGUUAUGAAACAACAUUGGCAGAUGUAUCUUUAGAAAGCCAUGUUCAGCCGAAUCAACAAGAAUCUGUUCUCAUUGAGAAAAACAAAAGUAGAACAUCUGUCCCCAUCAAAGACAAUCUGCAAGAAACCAAGACAAAUACAUCAGUAAAAGAGAAAUCUAAAUUAUCAAACAGAUAUGCACACGUUGAUUUAUUUUCUGGCACGGACAAUUUAAUAGCCCAGCCAGUCAGAACUGGAAGAAAGAAAAGGAAAGCAUUGUCAGAAAGAAAAGUCCGAUCUUCAUCAUUAGGUUAUCAGAGAGGUACAGUUUCUCUAGGGGAUGAGCAAGAUGAGCUGCAGGAGAACAAUUUAGAUACAAUUUCUAUUGGCACUAUCAGCAGUCUUGAUGAAGAUGAUGAUGAUGUCAUCCUACCAGGGGGCAUGACUCCUGACUCCCUUUCCUCAGCGGGAGAUGUCUCCUCCGAACAAGGAAACACCAAAUCAUCGUUGGAGUAUUCCAUCUCACCACCACUUUUUAAAGAUAAACCUAUCAGGAAAAGCUCUGCACCAUUUCCAUUCUCAAAUGAAAAGAUAGAGGCCAUUCCACCACUAAUUGAUCGUCUGGCUGCAGCUCGUGGCACUUAUUUGAGUGAUGAGAGUCCCCCUAGUCUAAGCCCACUGUCUGGGUCAGGAGAACAUAACUCUUCAGUUAUUGUUGGAUCACCCAGAGCAUCAUUGUCUGCCUUUACUGAUAGCCUAUCACACUUCAAGAGCCAUACAAAGUCCUUCAUCAAAACAAUCAAAGAGAAAAAUAUCUUGAUGUCCAAGUCAAGUAGUUCACCAAUGUUGUCAGCACUCACCAACCUUCAGAGUUCACCAGCCAGCCACAUUCAGAACGUAACUCAUGACACUUUAAAUGCAAUGGUUCAACCAGACAAUGCUUCUCAGAUAUUAGAGAAAAGCAGCCUGAAACCUGAAGAUGAAGUGGCUGCAUCCCUUGACCUAGCUGCCCUAACCAGGGUUGCUCGAGAUGUGAAGAAAAAGCUAUCAGAGCCAGCUACACUGCUAAAGCCCAAGCUAACCCUUCGCAUUCUCAAUGAAUGGGCUAGGGAACUCAAUGGUCUCUUGCUCGAGUAUCACAGAGGAUUGUUUGAAAAGAAGCAGAGAGAUAUUCCUUCACCAAGCAACGACACGUCAAACAUUAAAAGUCAAAGAGUUGAACUAAAAGAGUCAGAUGAAUCCUCAGACGAGCGCAUGUUUGAAUUGUCAAGUUCUGUCGAGAUAGAUGAUAAUAGCCAAAAAGAAUCUGAAGCCAGAAUUUCUCAAACCUCUACUACAGAUAUAAAAACUAGUGAAUUGAAAAAGUUGGCCACUACAAACAUUGAGCCCAGCUACUGGGCUGGCAUCAAUCACUCAAAAGACCCCUUCCAUUUAACCUCAGAAGAUCUCGAAACGAUCAAGUCACUAACUACUCUGUGUUUCACCACUGGGGCCACUGGCAGCAUCCUGAACUUUUUCAGCUUAUCAGAUAAAGCCAGCGUGUACGAACUGGUCAAAAGUAUUCUCCCACAGCAUGUUCUUUCAUCUCUUACACACACAUCAACUACACACUUUGCACCUCAUCGUCCGUCAUCUUUCAACAGCUCUGAAACUUCUCAAGAUAGACGUAACUCACAGGCAUCUGAGAUCAGAUUACAAGAAGACAUCAGGGCUGAAAACUUAAAUCAAUGUGACAGUGAGACUCGUUCAAAUAGCAGUUGUGAUAAUGUAGUAGACCAAAUGUCACUAACUCUAGACAGUGGAUUAGUGACUAAUAGUGUCUGUGAUAAUGUGCAAUCUAUUCAGGAGCAUGUGUAUCAAAAUGUGACUAUCCAGCAUGACUUAUCAUUAGCCCUAUUUACACGGCUUUACUUUUUCGCUUUAGACUAUGACAGGAUCAAAUUGGAGUUGAACAAGCAUAGGGAAAAACUGUUUCUGACAUGGAUCAGUGCCCUUCACUGUUCAUUAGAUGUAGGUCAGGGUGACAUUGUCAGCAGCUUGCUGUUGGAUAAACAGAUCAACUCAGCCUUAGAUUACCUUAGAUCUGGUAUACUCCCUCGACAAUCAGCAUAUCUGGGACACAUCUACAGACUGUUUGACAUGGCGCCAUCUAAAACUAGUGAAUUCUGUGGUGAAGUCAACAAGAAGGUGUCCUACACAGAUCUUUUAAACCUUUGUACUCUGUGUAAUAAGCCACCUGGUGAUUUCAUUAUGAAGUACAUAAAGCAGCAGAUGUCAAGUCUGACUCACUAUCACAGGAAAGCUGCCUUCCUUCAGAUUUGUGAGGACAGAGACCUCAGGUACUUGUUGCUAGAGAGCUUGCUGCCACAACUGUCACAUGAUGUACCACAAGCAGACAGCAGCGAAAUUGUGGCCAGUCAAGUUAUUGCAGUGCUUCCAUUUGAUUGGCUGAAUUUACUGUUGCCUUUUAUACAUUCUGAUGAUGAAAUAGAAGACAUUGUAAAUCUUUCAAUUAGAAUCAGCUAUUGGCCAGUCACCAUAAAGCUGCUUACUAAAUCUAACCAAUGGGAGCGGCUGUUAAAAAUCAUUGUUGACAUUGGAGAAAUAAAAUUCUUGAAAGGAAAGCAUGGUGAAGAUGCUUAUAUACCUCAAACUCUAGACCAGUGGAGGUACCUUUUGAAAGUCUAUGUCGCCAAACAAACAAAAGAAACACUAACCAAUCAAAUGCAACCUUCCAAAGCAGAAGUGAAGAGCCUUAACACAAAUGAUAGUUCAAACUCUGAGAAUCUUCCAUUAGAUGGUGCUAAUGUUGUAGGUGAAAAUUCAGAUGAUAACAGUGAAGCAGCAAACACAGGAACAAAUUAUGAGUCAUUUAGCAGGUCAGAUAGCUGCCAGUGGGAAGCAAUAACGUGGAGCUCAUUAGGUUACCGCCUCCUGAGUAACAUAGGUGGUGCUUUGACUCUUGAUCUGCUGAUGGAGCACCUCCAUGAUCAACAAAUGGCGCAAGACUGUCUGAGUACAGAGUUCCUUUAUGCCUGUUUGAUGGACUACAAGAUAAGGUUACAGCAAGACCACGUGGUUCAUGAAAUGUUGGAAAAAUUAUCAGCCUACAUGUGGACCAAGAAGCCUGGAUUUGUGCCGCCUUCUGUUUUCUAUGCUAUCAAUAGAGAAAAAACAUUGGUUGAGAAAGGGGGAGAUGACACUGUGGCACUGCAUAGUUUAUUCAGUCAUGUGCAAUCCCUGGAUUCUCAUAAAUUGAUGUCAGAACAUCUAGGAGGUCACUGGGGUGUGGAUGUAGAUAUUUCUAGCCCUUGCCUUGUGUGCAAUGUGCCUUUGAAGUAUGUUAUGUCCCUUUCAGAACAAGGCGUUAUUGUCUUUCCUUGCACUCAUGCCUUUCACAGAUGCUGCAUCAAAAGUCCAGUUUGUCCUAUACUCCACUGACCAAUACCACCUAUCUUUUUUUUUUUGUGUCGUGCCUUUAUUACACCUGGUCAUGUGGUAUGCCCACUGAACUGUAAUUUGGUUGUCUCAAUGAUCUUGAGUUCUUAUCCUGCCUGCUGCUAUCCCCCAUUGUCCUGCUGGAGGUUUGAGCUAGGAUGUAGACUAUGUUCAAAUCUGAAGGAACAUCAGAAACAUGUAAAAUAAUCUGCAUUUGAAAUGUGACACAUUUCUUAUUCCAUAUGCUAGGACAAAUUCAUACAAAUGCCCCUGUGGAACUGGUUGCAUGAAUCAGCCAGGAAAACCUAUGACUUCAAGUGAGUUCAAGUCUUUGAUUAACAUGCAGGACUAUAUUAACACGUGGACAUGCAUGGGAUGUAGUUAUCUUCUCUUUUGAAGGAGCAUCUGUAAUUUAUACAAUAAAAUAAGUGACUUAUAAACAGCAUAUUUUAUAAUUUAGAUUGAAAUAGUUUAUUUAUUGUUUAAUAACGAUGGAAUCAAACACUCAUCAAGCAGAACUAUUAAUGAUAUUGUAUUUGUUUUAAUGUUGCUCAGUGAAGGAGCUAUAUGCUUAAAAGGUAUUUUGUUAUGGGGAAUAAAUGUAUUUUAAUCUUGAAUGUAUUUUAUAAUAGCAUAUGCUUUAGAAUUGAAUGGUUUUUGUUGGUCAAUCAAUUCAAAAAUGAGCUUAAAUGAUAUUAUAUUAUGGGCAUCAAUGUGCAAUAGGUUUAAAAGU